AUGAGAUUGGCAGGCCCCCUCCGGAUUGUGGCCUUGAUCAUCACUGCUGGCCUCACCUGGAUCGCAGUCAGCAUCCUCCUGGGUGGGCCAGGCCGCGGCUUUCCUCGCAUCCAGCAGCUCUUCGCCAGCCCAGAGAACUCAGCAACUGCAGAGCCUAGGGCCAGAAAGUACAAGUGUGGCCUGCCCCGGCCAUGUCCAGAGGAGCACCUGGCCUUCCGCCUGGUCAGCGGCGCUGCCAACGUCAUUGGGCCCAAGAUCUGCCUCGAGGACAAGAUGCUCAUGAGCAGCGUCCAAGACAAUGUUGGCCGUGGGCUGAACAUCGCCCUGGUGAAUGAUGUCAACGACCUGCUGAAGUUCAUUCGGCCACUGCAUGAAGGCACUUUGGUGUUUGUGGCUUCCUAUGAUGACCCGGCCACCAAGAUGAAUGAAGAGACCAGAAAGCUUUUCAGUGAGCUGGGCAGCCGCAAUGCCAAGGAGUUGGCCUUCCGGGACAGCUGGGUUUUUGUGGGGGCCAAGGGCGUGCAAGACAAGAGCCCCUUUGAGCAGCAUAUGAAGAACAGCAAGCACACCAACAAGUACGAGGGCUGGCCUGAGGCGCUGGAGAUGGAAGGCUGUGUCCCGAGAAGGAGUACAGUGAGCUAGCCAGAGGGUGCUCCUGCCAGCCAGCCGGGCC